AAGGCGGCGGGCCCCGGCCCCACCCGUAGAGCCCACCAGCUGCAGCCGGCUGACGUGAGCGGCGUGCGGGUCCCGGCCGGCGGCGCGCUGGCAGCCAUGGCGGUGGCGCUGGCGGGCCGCAGGGCGCGCGGCGGCGGGGCCGGCCCCCGGGCGGGCGGGCGGAGGGGCAGGGGCCAGGGCGCCAGGCGGCCCGCGCGACAGCAGCGGCAGCAGCAACGGCAGGCAGCUGGGACUAGGCGACGGCGGCGACGACGACGGAGGCGCGGGGCGCUGGGGCUGAUGGCAGCGGCCGGGCCCGGGGCGGCGCUGUCCCCGCGGCGGUGCGACAGCGACCCGGCCUCCCCCGGAGCGCAGUCCCCGAAGGAUGAUAAUGAAGAUAACUCAAAUGAUGGGGCCCAUCCAUCUAAAAGAAGACGAAUGGGUUCAGGGGAUAGUUCAAGAAGUUGCGAGACUUCAAGUCAAGAUCUUAGCUUCAGUUACUACCCAGCAGAAAACUUAAUAGAAUACAAAUGGCCACCUGAUGAAACAGGAGAAUACUAUAUGCUUCAGGAGCAAGUCAGUGAAUAUCUGGGUGUGACCUCCUUCAAGCGGAAAUAUCCAGAUUUAGAGCGACGAGAUUUAUCUCACAAAGAGAAACUGUACCUGAGAGAAUUAAAUGUCAUCACGGAAACACAGUGCACACUAGGUUUAACAGCAUUGCGCAGUGAUGAAGUGAUUGACUUAAUGAUAAAAGAAUAUCCAGCUAAACACGCUGAAUAUUCUGUUAUUCUACAAGAAAAGGAACGUCAGAGAAUUACAGAUCAUUAUAAAGAGUAUUCUCAAAUGCAACAACAGAGUACUCAGAAAGUCGAAGCCAGCAAAGUGCCUGAGUACAUUAAGAAAGCCGCCAAGAAGGCAGCAGAGUUUAACAGCAACUUAAACCGGGAACGCAUGGAAGAAAGAAGAGCGUACUUUGACUUACAGACACAUGUCAUCCAAGUGCCUCAAGGGAAGUACAAAGUGUUGCCAACAGACCGAACGAAGGUCAGUUCCUAUCCAGUGGCUCUCAUCCCCGGGCAGUUCCAGGAGUAUUAUAAGAGGUACUCACCAGAUGAGCUUCGGUACUUGCCAUUAAACACAGCCCUGUAUGAGCCGCCCCUGGACCCAGAGCUCCCGGCACUAGAUAGUGAUGGAGACUCAGAUGACGGUGAAGACGGUGGAGGGGAUGAGAAGCGGAAGAAUAAAGGCACUUCGGACAGCUCCUCAGGCAAUGUGUCUGAAGGAGACAGCCCCCCUGACAGCCAGGAGGACACCUUCCAGGGAAGACAGAAAUCAAAAGACAAAAUGGCCACGCCAAGAAAAGACGGCUCCAAACGUUCUGUACUGUCCAAAUCAGUUCCUGGGUACAAGCCAAAGGUCAUUCCAAAUGCUCUAUGUGGAAUUUGUCUGAAGGGUAAGGAGUCCAACAAGAAAGGAAAGGCUGAAUCACUUAUACACUGCUCCCAGUGUGAUAACAGUGGCCACCCUUCUUGCUUGGAUAUGACUAUGGAGCUUGUUUCUAUGAUUAAGACCUACCCAUGGCAGUGUAUGGAAUGUAAGACAUGCAUUAUAUGUGGACAGCCCCACCAUGAAGAAGAAAUGAUGUUCUGUGAUGUGUGUGACAGAGGUUAUCAUACUUUUUGUGUGGGCCUUGGUGCUAUUCCAUCAGGUCGCUGGAUUUGUGACUGUUGUCAGCGAGCUCCCCCAACACCCAGGAAAGUGGGCAGAAGGGGGAAAAACAGCAAAGAGGGGUAAAUAGGCUUUGACCCUCGUGUUUGGGAUAUUUGGUGCCAAUUUAUUUACAACACUUUCAUUUUUAUGCCAAUAAAGAACUUUUUUUGAAAUUAA